AAUGACCCUUAGCCCUCCAUGGCUCUCACAGUGGAUGGUAAAAUCCUCGAAGGGAAUAGGGCAUAGGAAUGAUCACUUCUGAAUGGAACGCACCCAAUGACUACGUUUACAUGGGCUGUGUCUCGUUUGGAAGGCUGCAUGCUUGGUAGGAUGUGUCCUUUGAAGGCUGCAGUAUACCGAGUGUCCUCCUUUAAACAAGCCUCGUUAAAACGAGACGGCCUUCGUAUGAUAAACGGAAACGGAAUGUGACUUGGUUGCAAUGUGAGCACGCCGCUCUUUAACAAGCGCGAGCGCUUUGAGUGAGAAGGGAACAACAAAGUCCCUCUGGAAGGGAAUGUAUGAGACAUUUCCGUUGAAGCAAAGAAUUGUGGGUUUUGAGUGCCCACGAAGGAUUAAACUCAUGCAUCCUCCGAAUUCCCUCCGGAGCACGCAGCCUUCCAAACGAGACACAGCCAUGGACACCAGAAAGCGACAGCAGCAACGUAAUUUCUCCGCGACGCUUGUGUAAAUAACGCACAUGGAAUCUGAGGAAGACUUUUCAGUUGCUUCGUAGCAAUAGUGAGGUCUUUAUGUGAAGUGACCCUUAAAACUCCUUGAUCAUGUCCACCAAAUCAUCUUUGCUGAAGGUGAUUCUUCUUGGGGACGGUGGCGUGGGAAAGUCCUCUCUCAUGAACCGUUACGUCUCCAACAAGUUUGAUUCACAUCUAUUCCAUACAAUCGGUGUUGAGUUUUUAAACAAAGAGCUGGAGGUGGACAAUCACACGGUCACCCUACAGAUCUGGGACACAGCAGGCCAGGAGAGGUUUAGAAGUCUCCGAACACCCUUUUACCGAGGUUCUGACUGCUGUCUGCUUACAUUUAGUGUGGAUGAUAAUCAAAGUUUCCUAAACCUCAACAAUUGGAAAAAAGAGUUUGCAUUCUAUGCAGAUGUUAGGGACCCGGAUAAAUUCCCUUUUGUUGUUCUAGGGAAUAAAGUAGAUGUAACAGAGCGUCAGGUGUCAUUGGGCGAAGCUCAAAGGUGGUGCAGAGAGAAUGGUGGACAUCCAUACUUCGAGACAAGUGCCAAGGAUGCCACUAAUGUACCAGCAGCUUUUGAGGAAGCGGUUAGGUGUGUACUCGCAUCCGAGGAUCGCACAGAACAUCUGCUGCCCACAGACACCGUUGACCUGCGCAGGAAGUCUCGCUCGAAUGGCCCAUGUUGUUGAUGCCCUGUAUUGUAAUGGCCACAACUGAAAAAACUUUUACAGAGUGUAAAUUUGCCAGUUCUAAACAACAGAUGCCAGACAAAUUUUUAUGUGCAGUAUGAUACAUAUUUGGUAUCAUGGCAGUCAUUAAAGAGCUCCAUCAUCUCACACGUGUCCUGCUCUGAACAAUGAACACUAAUGCAGAGACUUGAUAUAAUCUGUCGGAGUUACAUUCCUUGUUUAGACUUAAAAGUAAUCUCUCUGGGUCACAUUCCUUUGUCAACUUGAAAAGCUCUGGAUAACAUUCCUGUGUGUUUUAUGUAUAUCAUGAAUCUCAGUAAACCAAACCGGGAUUGAGAAAUUACUCUAUGUGCACUUAUACAAAUUCUAAUGCUGUUGACAACUGAGAAAUAAAUGUCAGCUUUUGCACUCAUGAACACUAGAACAUACUUGUGUUUUUGUCUCAUUUGCUGAGUGUAAUUCUUAAUGUGCAUGUUUUAUUUUAAGUGCCUUUAGCAACGUUCUGUUUUUUUUUUUUUUUUUUUUAAUUAUGUAUUUUUAUCAUACAUUUUUUAAGUGAAUGUAAUUUUCAAGGGGCUGGAAUGUGGAAAUGAUCUUGCAUCAUAAGCCAUUUUGGAAUGAGCCUUUCUGAGUCACAUCACUUAAUUUACAUUGGGCUUUGGAUGACUUGAUACUCAUUUAUACAUCAUUUGUAAUUAUUAUUUUUGUUUUUUUAAUAUGUCUGAAUAUAAAAACCUGAACAGAAGGACUUUUGCCAUAUUUAUACUAUAAGACAUUUUCUUGAUAGUGACAAUAAAUGAAUGUCGUUGCUGUAUUUUCAUUUUGCAUCAGACAUCUGUGCAAAAUUUCAGCCUAUAUACACAAAAAUACACAGAUCCUGCAUGCUCGUCCAAGUUUUGCCACAUCUGGGUAUUCAUUAAUUUCAUUGAAAUGUCAUACUACUGAAUUAGAAGUGUUUGAUUAUAGUUAAUCCCUUUCAUUGUGUUAUUUAUAUAUAUAUAUUUUUAUACAGUAUUUACUGUAUCAUUUUAUUUUAGUGUGAUGUAAAGUAAAAGGCAAUGCUAAGGCAUAUUGUUUCCUCAUGCCUACACCAGGUGUCUUGAUUAAAAAAGCAAAAAAAUAAAAAAACACAUUUAACAUGCACAGUCUAUGGUAGGACUAAAAAAAACUAAUCAGUUACCUUAAAACAGUGAAGUGUUUAGGCUAUUUGGCAACAAUAUUUUAUUCUGUAUUUUUGUAUUAUCUCAGCAAGGUGCAGAUGGUCUACAUAUUUUGCACAGCUACUUUUAUUGAAUAAUUAACACAAAACAGUUCAUAUUGAUCAUAGAAAAUGUUUUACUAGAGAAGGUUACAAAAAUCACUGUACAGGAUUCAUAAAACAUCUGACUUCAAAUAAAAUGGACUAUGAAACAUCAAGAACUACAAUUUCCAUCAACAUACAUUGGAUUAUCUACAAUAGACAAUAAUGUCUAUUGUAGUUCAUCAGAACAAUGGACUACACAUCACUUACAGUACUGCAAAACAAAAUGAAAUAUCUCUCUUUCAUGCAAUAAUGAGUGAACAAUAGAACAUCCAGGCGCAUGUCUUCUUUUUCAAAAACAGGGCAAAUAGAUUAAUGAACAUCCCUGUGAAGUCCCUUUAACAGGUUUUAACAUACAGGAAGAAACAGCAUAUUAUAGUAGUAAGACAGUUGUAUGUGUGGACAAUACUUACAUGCUUAUAUUUACAGAGAAUAAUUAUUUCACUUUUCUUAAAAGAGAGAUCAAUAAAAAAGAGAUUUAAGGUGUAAAAGUAGUAGUAGAAAGAGAGAAAAAAAACAGAUACACUGCAAAAACAAACAGAUACACUGCAAAAA